AUGAUUUUACACCUGAUGUCUAUGCAAAAAUUAUACGAAAUGAUUGCAAGGAAACUGGAGCAGGGUAUUGAACAAUACGCCAGAAGAGAGAUAGAUAUUGAUGAGUUGAGACUGCUUAAUGCAUAUGAGCAGGCAUUCGACAAGAACUGGGAAGAAGAGAAACAGAGACUUAGGAGAAUAAUAAGCACAAAACUAAGGAAGAUGAAUUUGGAUUUGAAUGAGGCGGAAGCGAAGUUGAAUGAGCUGAAGGCCAUUGAAAACAAGGAAGUCCAGGUUGAUAUGGACAAAAUGUUUGAAUACGGUUUUAUUGUGGGAAGAAAUAAGAGACAACCUGAAGGUGCAGAAAACUCACAGUUCUAUUUACCACCAUUUCCACAACCAUAA